AUGGACGAACGUCUUGCUGCAACUUUUGCUUUCAGAGGACGUCUUUUUCAUUGGUUCUUCUUAACAUCAUUGUUGGUGUUUUGUUCAUCUGAUCCAGGAGAUCUUAUUCAUGUUUUACAAGGAGGAUUUCACCCCGAUGGAAGUGACUGGCUUCUGUACUUUGUCAUCAAACGUUAUUAUCAAGCUGCUGCUGUUAUGUCUAAUGAUUUUAGUGUCUGCAUAGUGCCUAAUCAUAAUCCAAAUUACGGCAUGUUUACAAGCCCUUAUCAACCGGAAAUUAUCACCGAUUCCUCGGAUAUCGUGGUUAAACAAAGAAAAAGCAUGACAUUGUAUUGUAACGCGACUGGAAAUCCAUUACCAACGAUAUCAUGGGGGAAAAAUGGAAAUCCUAUCGGCAAUAAUUCCAAGAUCAGUUAUUCAGCAGAAAGAAUUAAGUUGAAGAUAAUAAAUGUGUACAGGACAGACAGUGGAACAAACCGGUGUGUAGCUGUCAAUAGCAUUGGUGAUGCCACCUCACGUGAUGCAAAAUUAGUUGUAGAAUUGUAUGUGGUUGCCAGUUGCACAAUAGAGGACGUUUGUUUUACAAUUGUAGAUCGAGGUGAGAUCACCACUAAUCCUAGUAAUGUGACAAAAAGAGAAGGAGAAAACGUUACGUUACACUGUAAUGCUACUGGAAACCCGCUCCCUACUCUAUCAUGGACAAAAUAUGGGUCUCACAUUGGUAACAACCCCAGAAUCAGCUUUUCAGAAGACAAAAAUCAGUUCACUAUUACCAAUGCCAAGGGAGAAGACAGCGGAGCAUACCGUUGUGUGGCGAUUAACUGUCUUGGAAAUAAUACGUCUGGUACUACUUUCGUCAAUGUCCAGUUUGCACCUGAAAUCUCCAAACAAACGAGGAAUAACAUUUUUGUAAAAGGAGAAAAUGUGAUUUUUAGUUGUUCAGUGGAAGGGAACCCUACACCCAGUGUUGUUUGGACAAAGAAUGGAGAAGACCUGGAUGUAACAGCAAACAGUCGAUUGAAAUUGUCCUCUAAGAACAAUGAUUGCUGUUUAGAAAUUGCAGAGGUUCACCUGUCAGACUCAGGGCUAUACAUAUGUGUGGCUAAUAACAGCGUGGGUAGAUCAUCCUCAUCAGCAACUAACCUCAUGGUACAAGAUGUAUCACACCCACCUAAGGAUUUGAGAGUAAUUUCAAGAGGAUCACGGUUAAUUUAUAUCUCCUGGACAGCUGGUUUUGAUGGGAAUAGUGCCAUCCAGAACUACACAGUGGAAAUCCGUCAAGAUGGGCAGAUUUUCAGAGAUGCUAUAUGUCAAGGAAGACUCUUAGUCAAUGCUUGUGUGAUUUACACCACAAGAGUUUCUAUUAGAGAGCUGUUUCCUUGGACAACUUAUUACCUCAGGGUUUUCGCCAGGAACAUAAUUGGCUCUAGUAACUACAGCUUCGUUGUAGAUGUUACCACCCAUGAAGAAGAGCCCGGAGCACCUCCUGAGAAUUUGCAAGGUUACAAUACCGGUUCGACCAGCAUUAAAGUUACAUGGAUUGCGGUGCGGAAGGACAAACAGCAUGGUGAUAUCAUCCGAUAUACAGUCAUGCACAAAAAGACGACCAAUGGCACUUACAAGUCAGUAGAAGUAACACCAAUAUCUGGAAAAUUUGUUGAAAUAAAAGGACUUGAUAGAUACACAUACUACGACAUUAAGGUUUCAGCUGCUACCUAUCUAGGGAAUGGACCAGCAAGUGAACCCAUCAAAGUCCGAACAGACGAAGACGUGCCUUCUGCGGCCCCUACAUUAGUCUCUGUACAAACACUGAACAGCACUAGCAUACAAGUUGAAUGGUUGGCUGUACCAGAAGAAUCCAUACAAGGGAUUCCGAUCAGAUACACUAUUUACUUCACUGAUUCCGAUGGGAAGGUUAAUACCAAGGUUGUGAGACCAGUUAAGGAUCGGAAUACAUAUCAAGGGGUUGUUCCUUGUCUUAAGGAAUCUACAGAGUAUUCAUUCCAAGUUUCGGUUUCAACUGCAAAGGGUGAAGGUCCUCUAGGUGUGUCCAAAUCGUCUUCAACUAAACGUGGAUGGAAGGAAGAUUUUUGCGGAGCUGCUAUGAUGGAACAGGUUCUUCGUUCAACUGCAAAGCUAGAAGAAAAAGUUAGUGUGCAGUUUGACCAGUACUGGUCUUCAGAAGAUGCAGAAUCGUAUGGUGACACAGCAGAGUUCAGUGGAAUCAGAAUCCGCACAAGGACUGGAACGGAUGUCAAUAACAGCUACCAAUUAAAAGUGGGAGCUUUUGAAGCAUACUCCUGGCCUUAG